GUGUUGGGAUAUUCAGGAAAAUAUCCCAAAAAUUAUCCUGUUAAGCCUAGUGCUAUCCUUGGACAUGAAAUAGUAUCAUCUUAUUGGUCAGUAUUUAUUUAACGUGUCAUUUUCCUACUGGCCAUUACUGUACAAUGUUAUCUUCUAUUUUAUGGUACGUUGUGGACUGCUUGAAUGGUAUAUAAACAAGUAUGUUUGAAAUAUAAUGAUUCAUAUAUCCGAGGCUGAAACUUGUGUUCUGGACUCAACUGGCUGGGUUAGGCAGGGAAGCGAGACCAAUCAGAACCCUAGGUCGUUCUACGUGUUUGUGCGUCUUUGGUCCGAUCAAUAAUUCGCUAUCCCUUAAUCCGCAGCAAAUUAUCUUCACAGUUAUAACAAUUGGCGACGGGGUGAAGAAAAGAUACAAUCCAAAGUCAUUCUGUAAUUGGACGAAAUCCUGUCUAAUUAUUCAACCAAUCAGUAUCUAGAUUGUCAUCAGUGUCCUUGAACCACAUUGGUCAUUAGUCACACAGUAAUUUUCAUCACAGGUGCUGAUUCGAAAAAAUGACUCUCCCCUCCGAUCGAUUACAGCUGCUCUUUGAACGACAUUUGGAGUUAUUAGUCAAAUUCCGCACGCAGCUGCUAAAUCACUCAUGCUAUGAAGACGCGACGGAAGUGGAUGGAUUGAUAUCUGAAAUACACAGUGAGCUGGAAAAUGACAGCAGCCUCCAUGAAUCCUCGGUGAACUGUACUUCAAACGGAACAGUCAUCCAUCAUGCCCCCAGUGGUCCAGUACUUUCUAUUCCAGAAACAUGCCCGGUAAUGGAGUCAAACUCCAUCAACCCCGAAACAGCAUGUGCAGACAGUAACAUAUCCAGCUCACGAGAAGAUCUCAUUGUUUUGCCAGAAAAUGUGUUUCACGCAUCAACUAAUAAUCAAGAACCUGGCACAGUUUUGUUGGACGCGGAUUACCAUAAUCAUCCAUUAUCUACUAAUGAUGCUCCUUAUAAAUUUGACAACACUAUCUCAGAAGAUUUGAACUCGGAUGAUUUCGAAUUGAGUGGUGUUUAUCCUCAUUAUCUGGUCGAUUUUACUGGAUUCCCUGUGCAAUGUGUUUUAAAUACAAUCAAAUUAAUUGUAAUUUGGGUUUAUGAAGACCCAACAUUAUUUCGAGGGGGAGGAUAGACG